GAGCUGUGACGUAGUUGCACUUCCUUUUCGCUGUAGAAUGAGUUGUUGUUCUUAAAAUGGCGCCGUUGGACCUGGACAAGUAUGUUGAAAUUGCAAGAGAGUGUAAAUAUCUUCCAGAGAACGACCUAAAGAGAUUGUGUGAUUAUGUAUGUGACCUACUACUAGAGGAAUCAAAUGUACAGCCAGUAUCCAGUCCAGUCACUGUUUGUGGUGACAUCCAUGGACAGUUUUAUGACUUGUGUGAACUUUUCAGAACUGGAGGACAAGUACCAGACACAAACUACAUUUUCAUGGGUGACUUUGUGGACAGAGGGUAUUACAGUUUAGAGACGUUCACAUACUUGCUAGCACUUAAAGCAAAGUGGCCAGACCGCAUCACACUGCUGCGUGGGAAUCAUGAGAGUAGGCAGAUUACACAAGUGUAUGGCUUUUAUGAUGAGUGCCAAACUAAGUAUGGAAAUGCCAAUGCUUGGCGAUACUGCACUAAAGUGUUUGAUAUGCUGACUGUUGCUGCCUUGAUAGAUGAGCAGAUCCUUUGUGUGCAUGGUGGCCUUUCACCUGACAUCAAGACUCUGGACCAGAUUCGUACCAUUGAGCGGAACCAGGAGAUCCCCCACAAGGGGGCAUUUUGUGACCUCGUCUGGUCUGAUCCAGAGGAUGUUGACACUUGGGCUAUCAGCCCGAGGGGUGCUGGCUGGCUCUUUGGCGCCAAGGUCACCAACGAGUUUGUCCAUAUUAACAAUCUGAAGCUGAUCUGCCGUGCACAUCAGCUGGUUCAUGAGGGCUACAAGUUUAUGUUCGAUGAGAAGCUUGUCACCGUGUGGUCAGCCCCCAACUACUGCUACCGCUGUGGCAACAUUGCCUCAAUUAUGGUGUUUAAGGAUGUGAAUACACGGGAGCCCAAACUGUUCCGUGCCGUGCCUGAUGCAGAGCGAGUCAUUCCACCCAGAACCACGACGCCAUACUUCCUCUGAGGGCGAGAUCUUUGAUGCCCACUGUGUCCACUCUCCCCUCUUUCUCAUCUUGGUCAACCUCUCUUUUUGUUUUUUGUUGGUUGGCUUGUGGUGUUCUGUUUUGUUUUUUUUUUUUUUUUUGUUUUUUUUUUAUCUGAAGUUUUUUAAAGAAUAUGCAUCCCCUCUCACCACCCCUUCCCCGAGAUUAGAUUAUGAGGAACCCUGAGAAUGUUGCUAGCCCUUUUCAUGAGAAGUGCAAGCUUGUCAUGUAGAAAUUUGGUAUGAAGAAAACAGUGUUCCUCUUGGUGCUGGUUGUUUUUUUUGUUUUUUUUUUUUGUUUUGUUUUGUUUUUUUUUUUAAUUUAAUCAUACAUGGAUUUAAUUAUAUGUGGUACCAUAACUCUUAAAGAAUGUACACCACUUAGUCAGACCACUUUGAAUAUUGGUUUACUCAGAUGGUUUAAUCUGGCCCUUUUCUCUUGAAAACUAAAGUGCAUAAUGAAAUUGCAAUAUGGGGGUGAGGUUGGACCAGGUGAUGAGACAGAGGAGGCUGUGAUUAUUUUGUACAUUUAAAAAUUGCAUUGAUUUAAUCCUUUUUUUCCAGAUUUGUUGUAUUUUAUUAUUGUAGAGAUGGUGACCCACAUACCAAUUAAAUAUUGAAAAAUAAACCCCAUUUAUUAUUAAUUUAAA